AUGGCACCUCCAUCGGGCCUGAACAAGUCGUCUCUGCCUUCGGAUUCAGACUUGCCAUACACCUUGGCCGCCCGCACCGGCUCCUCGUCAUACCUGGUUCCGGCCAGGCUGUCGGGUGCCACCGAUGUCGACGUGAACAACCCGCGUCGCUUGCAUCAGCAGCGUGAUGACCGGAGUCGGAGCCGGAGGAGAGGCAAGCGUGCUUGGAAGAAGCUCCUUUGGGUGAAGCAAUCUUACCCAGACAACUACACUGAUCAGGCAACGUUUCUCGAAAACCUACAGCGCAACCCACGCCUCCAGCCCUACGAAUUCUGGCCCCUGGUCGCGGACUCGACCGUCAUCGUUCAACAUGUCUGUUCUGUCAUAAUAUUCGUUGUCUGCUUUGUAGGCAUCUUUCAGGAGCGGAUUAGUCCCAUAACGGUUGUUAGCGUCUCCAGCUUCGAGACCUUCCUGGGAUGGUGCCUUUAUGAUCGUUGGGUCGGCCUUGAGGCUGCUGAGCGCGCCGGCGACAGCGACACCGCCGAGAAUCCUCCCAACGGUCGAUCUUCGCCCCAGAAACAACGCUCCAGGUCCCGCGGGCCCAGGCCAACGGGCGUAGCAUUCACCUCUGAGCGGCCCCGGCUGGUUGUUGGAAACAACGACCAGCUAGGAGGAAGCCGGCGGGGCAGCUUACUUUCCAUCAGCGCACAACCACAGUCCACUUCGGCCAGCUCACUGGUCUCUACAGGCUCUCACGCGAGCGGAAAUGGCCCAUCAGCCACUGCAACAACGCUGUCCCCAAGGCACAGGCCCUCUUCCCCACUCCGAGGCGGGAGGGCACAGCUACGUGCGAAUGCGCUUAAGUCGGCGCUCCUUAUCUACUUCACUCUCCUGGGUCUCUCUCCGAUUUUGAAGUCUUUGACCAGGUCCACGUCUUCAGACAGCAUUUGGGCAAUGUCCUUUUGGCUGCUUGCCAUCAACAUUUUCUUCUUCGACUACUCAGGAUCUUGGACAGGUGUAAAUCACAUAUCUGUUGCGUCAUUGUCCACCAAUGCCGCACUGAUGGCGUCGACGGUUUUGGCCAGCCGCCUCCCCUCAACUGGGCAGGUGUUCGGCCUAACCAUCUUCAGCAUUGAGGUAUUUGGCCUGUUCCCUGUGUUUCGGCGGUAUGCACGCCACCGGAGCUGGCGCUUCCACGUUCUACUCACAUUUCUGCUCGUGGCGGGCGCCGGCGUUGGCGUUGGCGUGACAUUAGCCGGCAACGGAACCAACGCGGGUUUUCCGUGGAGGAGCGGCCUUCUUGGCAUGGUGGCAGCCUGUCUUAUCGCUGCUGUAGCUAUGGGCGGGUGCAGCUGGUGGCUGCUCGGCCUGCAAAAGUACAAAAACGAAAUUCAUGGGCCUUGGGAUCCGGCUCGGCCUGUUAUCAUUAGUAGGACUCAUUGGGAUGAUGACUGA